UAUUAAGAAUUUGGCCGAAGCAUAGGCGUGUUCUAAUGGAGCAUCUUCCCCAAGCCACAAAUCAGGUUUGUUUUCAGAGUUGAAACAAACAAGCCAAAUUCGGAUCCGCCCCAUAGAUAGUACCCGUCCCAUAGCCUAAUCGCCUACUCAACCAUUCACUUUCUCGGGAAAGAAAGAGCGAGAAAAUUUUUGCAGUUAAAAAAUCGUUUAUUUUAUUUUAUUUUAUUUUAAUUUUUUUUUUCUUCUAUGGGUAACUAAGUCAAAAUCCCUCUAGUAAACAUUUUUGUGUCCCGCGCAAUCUCUCUCUCUCAAAACCAAUUCCCUUCCGUUCCCCUAGGGCUCACAAAGUUGCCCUACAUGUCCUCUCGAGUCCCAAUUCUGGAAACUUUGAUCCGGACGCCCUAGAAUUUGCGACAUGCUGAUGGAGGAAGAGAAGGCUGUUGGUGUUGGCGGUGGUGAAUCGUCCAGGGCUUCUUCGUCGUUCGUCAAGGCCGGCGACCGGCAGAUGUUCACGGUGGAGCUCCGACCCGGCGAGACCACCAUAGUCUCGUGGAAGAAGCUCCUGAAGGACGCUAACAAGGUCAAUGGAUCCGCCUCCACCUCCGUCCCGGACCCGCCUGCCGACGUCCGCCCGGUCCUCGAGUCUCGUCUCGCUCCGGGACAACCAACUGAAGAUGAAGUGAAUGAUGCACCUGCUCCUCAUCGAUUUAGUGCUGUCAUCGAGAAGAUCGAACGCCUCUACAUGGGUAAGGAUAGUAGUGAUGAGGAAGAUCUACAUGAUUUUCCUGAUGAUGAUCAGUAUGAUACAGAAGACUCUUUCAUAGAUGAUGCUGAGCUGGAUGAAUAUUUUGAAGUUGAUAACUCAGCCGUAAAACAUGAUGGGUUUUUUGUUAAUAGGGGAAAGUUGGAACGCAUAAACAAGCCUACUGUAUUACCUAACCAGCAACCAAAGAAAAGGCGCAGAAAAGAUUUGGAAAAGGGUCAUGGUCGAAAUGAUGAUUGUCAUGCAUCAACGAAACAUGUAAAGAAGGAUAAGAUGGCAGCUGGAAGGAUAGCAGCAACGCUUGUGAAGGACUCAUCUAGUCCUUCUCAAAAUUUGGAUGUAACAAGAGAAAAUUUGCAAGAUGUGAAAUUUCAGAAUCAAUUAAGCGCUCCUGGAAAUUCUUCCAAAAAGAAAUCUGCUGAUGCUAAAACAAUAUUUGAUCCUUCCCCAUCUUUAAAAGUUUCUAAUGGCGAUGCUUCUGUAUCUCUAGAAGUAAGGGACAUUGAUAUGCAGAAAACAGGAGCCAUUCAGUCUAAGAACCUUGGUGACAAAUUGAAAGAUGUGGGUGGGUCCUUUGAAAUUUCACAGCAGAAACACCUUGACAAAAGUGCUUAUGCACAAUCUAAAUCCCUACCUGGAAGACCCUUGAACAGUGUUGAUCAGUUGGAAUUGUCCAUUAGGCCAAAAGAAAAGAAUAGCAUCCGUGAACUGUCAGAAAACAAUUUCUCUGUGGAUAAGUCUGCCAUGCAAAUGACAAAAGCAACACACAUCAGAAAAGAUGGUUCUAGUGUUAGGCCAAGAAGCUCUCUUGAAAAGGCUAUUAGGGAGUUAGAGAAGAUGGUGGCGGAAUCAAGGCCACCAACUGUGGAAAGUCAAGAGGCAGAUACUUCAUCCCAGGCAGUUAAAAGGAGAUUACCAAGAGAAAUAAAGAUGAAGCUUGCUAAAGUUGCUAGACUAGCGCAGGCAAGCCAAGGGAGAAUAUCGAAGGAGUUACUUAGUCGGCUUAUGAGUAUUCUUGGUCAUCUAAUUCAGCUCAGAACCUUGAAGAGAAAUUUGAAAGUCAUGAUUAGUAUGGGUUUAUCAGCAAAACAGGAGAAAGAUAAUAGAUUUCAACAGAUAAAGAAGGAAGUAGUUGAGAUGAUCAAAAUUCAGGCGCCCUCUUUGGAGUUGAAGGCAUUUGGGCAGCAAGCUGGAGCAUCAGAUGAUUUUCAAGAAUUAUGUUCGGAAGAAAAAGGAGUUAAAAAAAAAUUUAGUAUGGAUGCUGCAUUGGAGGACAAGAUUUGUGAUCUUUAUGACCUUUUUGUUGAUGGGCUGGAUGAAGAAGCGGGUCCACCAGUUAGGAAGUUGUAUGGAGAGCUUGCGGAAUUGUGGCCCAAUGGUUUCAUGGACAACCAUGGGAUCAAACGAGCAAUUUGUAAGGCAAAGGAGAGGCGGAGGGCACUGUACAACAGACAUAAGGAACAGGAGAAAAUCACGAGGAAGAAGAUGUUGGCACCUAAAAUAGAGGAGACUGUUCGAGUUGAGGGUAAUUCAAUUGCUCAGCCGCAGUCUGGGCGCGAGCGCUUGUCUACUGAAACUGGCGGCCAUGGUUUAACCCCAGCAAACAGGCCAGUGUCUAAUAAUACAAGUGCAGCAGUCAGGAUGCAGAGUCCCUCAUCGAAUGGUCCUCUUAACUCGGACCGGAUAAAACAAGAGAAGUUAAAGGGAACUUCAAGCAAUUCCCUGGAUGAUGCUAGGGUUUCAGAUGGUGGAAUGCCAAAGAAGAAGGUAAAGAGGAAGCCAGAAGUGGAGUUGGAUGAAACUCAUUUCCGUCCAGAAAAGUUAGCUUCUCAACAGGGAGAGGAACGAUACAAGCCCCUCAAGCAGGCUGCUGGUCUUCCCCAUAAAUCAAACCUUCCGUCAACUGCUCCUCAAGUGUUGAACAGUCAAACUGACAUGAUAUAGCUCAAUUAGGAAGUUUACACCGUUUAAUCUUUUGCGUAACACAAGUAAUUGUUUUUCCUUUUUCUUUUUUUUUUUUUUUUUAAUUUUUAUGGGCGUUAUUCAUUCUGACCAACUGAUUGUUACCAUUUUUGUAAUUAUAUGUUCUUUAAUGGUGCCUUGUGGAUUAAAGAUUUAUCUUUAAUAGAGAUGGCAGCACAGCAAAGCUAUGAUUUCUUGUGCA